AAGAAAUGCAGCUCAGAUGCUCCCCGGCAGGAAACAGGAAAUGUAAAUGUUUGGGUGAAGCAGGAGCCCUCCGAAGCACCCCUCCGGUGGGAGCGCUGCCAGGGUAGCAUGCGAAAGCCAAACCUCAUUGCCCUGCUUUCUGCCCUGUCACUGGUUAGAGGAUCUGCUGGGAAUGGCUCUGAAAAUGAUGGCUCAGGAGAUGGAUUGCCGAUAUUACCCACCGUUGCGGUAACGCCUCCUCCUGCUACACCUCCUUCAACCACGGGUGACCACGAGCCAGUACUUGUCACUGCAAGCACUGUUGAAAGCAGCUUUGAAACAAGUACUCCAAGUACUGAAUUGAAUGUUGAGAACAAUCAGGACAGCCUAGAAGCAGCAGAACAUUCUAUCUUAAUAUACAUUGUCCCCCUUGUGCUGUUGGUCCUGCUGCUGCUGCUGAUCAUAUUUUUUGUAAUGCACCAUAAAAGGAAAAAGUCUAAGCAAGAUGAGCUGGGGAGCGAAAAUGUGAAAAGUCCUAUUUUUGAAGAAGACACCCCCUCUGUUAUGGAGAUAGAAAUGGAAGAGCUUGAUAAAUGGAUGAACAGCAUGAACAAAAACGCUGACUGUGAAUGUUUGCCUACUGUAAGAGAAGAAGAAAAGGAAUCAAUUGCCAACCCAAGCGAUGGCGAAUCAUGAAGUUGGAACAGUGAAGAACUGGGUAAAGGGAAGCACCACACAAGCUAAUGAUCUCCCAGAUACUGGAAGAACUGGAUUUAAAUAUAAUUCAUCUCAAAAGGACAGAGAAGAAAAUGGGUUUGAUGUGUUCUGCCAUAUAGUAUUCAGAAAAGAAACAUGAC